UUUAUUCUUAUAUCUUCUACUCGAUCAAUCGAAUGAAGUUGACUAAGAAGGAUUAAUUGCCCCUAUUUGUUGAGGUUUUGAUAUGCACUUGCACCGCAAAAAUGUGCAUAUUGUUUGGGUUGAGGCAGUGUAAAUCUUGAAAAUGUCACUUCAGAGAGCUACCUCAUAUUUUGUGACAUAGCUACUUUUAUCUAAAACACAAGGUGGCAAUUGUACAUGUUAUGCCACCUGGACCCCUUGCUAUAUACCGAAAAUACAUACGCAUAUGGAUGUGUAUCAAAAUAUACAACUCGGACAAGCCAAAUCCUGCUCUCAGCUCAACACACAUUUGCCUGCAGCAACAUGACAGGUACAAAACAGCACAAAGUUGAGUCUGGCACAAGCUCUCAGCUCAAAAUCUGCAGCCAAUGGGAGCUGUACACUGUCCCCCUGCACACAGUACCCCGCCCUCCUAUAAGGUAUAAAUUCUACAUACGUUUUUUUGUCUUGAACCGUCUAAAGGACAGACCAACAUCCUGAUGGGGCCAUCUAACAAGACAAUCAAGGAAGGGAUUUCUGCCUGCACAGGAGAUACGGCAGACCAUAUCCACAAAUAUACUGAGAUCUACAGGGCGAGUGUCCCUCUCCCAGAGGAUGCACCAAGGGUCCAGGGCUAUGACUUCAACCAGGGAGUGGACCACAGAGCCCUGCUGCAGUCCUACCUCAACACAGGCUUCCAGGCUACCAACUUUGGCCUGGCUGUCCAGCAGAUCAACAGCAUGAUUGAGAGGCGUCAGCAACCACUAACAGCGGAGAAUGGAAGUGUUGAGGAUGAUCCAUCCAACUGCCCCUGCCUGAGGAGCUGCACCAUCUUCCUUGGUUACACCUCAAACCUCAUCAGCAGUGGAGUCAGGGAGACUAUCCGCUACCUUGCAGAACACAAGAUGGUGGAUGUCUUAGUGACGACCGCUGGAGGUAUAGAGGAGGAUCUGAUCAAGUGUUUGGGCCCGGUUUACGUGGGAGACUUCAGUCUUCCUGGCAAAGAUCUGUUUAAUAAAGGCAUUGACAGGAUCGGGAACCUUCUGAUGCCCGAUGAAAACUAUAACACAUUUUACAAUUGGAUCAAGCCAAUCCUGAACCAGAUGCUGCUGGAGCAGAACACUCAGGGCGCUCACUGGACUCCUUCAAAGAUGAUCCAUCGACUGGGGAAGGAGAUCAACAACCCUGAGUCUGUUUGUUACUGGGCCUACAAGAACAACAUCCCAGUGUUCAGCCCCGCCCUGACAGAUGGCGCUUUAGGAGACGUGCUGUUCUUCUUCUCAGCUGACAACCCUGGCCUGAUUGUGGACAUAACUCAAGAUAUAACAAGGAUGAAUACCCAGGCAGUGGCUGCCAACAGCACAGGGAUGAUCAUCCUGGGAGGAGGUGUGGCUAAACACCACAUAUGCAAUGCCAAUGCAAUGAGGUUGGGAGCUGACUUUGCGGUGUACGUGAAUACAGCUUACGAAGCUGAUGGUUCUGACUCAGGGGCCAGACCCGAUGAGGCCGUGACCUGGGGCAAGAUCAAAGUAGAUGCUCAACCUGUGAAGGUGUUUGCAGAGGCUACCUUAGUCUUCCCCUUAUUAGUGGCAGAAACCUUCGCUCUUCACGCUGAGAAGAAGACUACCAACGAGACAAAAGAAUGAAUUGAGAGCUCCUGAAGUUAACAGUAGUAGUGGCAAACCCUAUCUGGCUUGUCUCUUUGUUGCAUUUAAUCAUCAUUUUAGGUUUAUAGGGAUGUUUGAUAGGCCUUUGUCAUGAUGGACUUUUUGACUUUCAUUCCAGUAAAAGGUCUUCCAAGGGUCCUGGGACAGUCACCCUGAAAUGUAAUGGAGCAAUUAUUAUAGUUAUCACAUUUUGACAGGUCAAAUUGUCUGCUCUGAGAAAAGUCAAUAUAACAGUGGGGAUAAAUGUCACGCAGACUGAUGUCUCUGUGGUAACGUGUACAAUGAUAUUAAAACUGGUCUAAGAACUGA